UGACGCAGCGAGUAGCGACGCGUGGCGUUCGCAGACAGAUUUUAAAACAGACCUGCGAUUUGUAUGCUUGGUUUCGCUAACGUGUGCGAGAAGAGAUGGAAGACUUUGUUCCAACGCGCGGAUCGCAAGUCAAGAAAACUGCGACGAGCAAUUAUGUCUCUGUGAAUUACAAAGCGCCAAAGAAGAAGGUAAAAUCUGCGGAUGGUAGCUCGGAUAGUAAAGAGAAGCUCGAGGAUGAGUCUGUGAAACCGACGCCGGCCGAGCUGAAGCAGCAGCAAGAAAAAGAGAUGAAGAAGCUGCGAUACGAGAUUAUCAAAUUCGGCACGUCCGGUUUCGAGAGGCCGAAGGCGAAGAGAGCAAAGGUCGAGCUUGCUAUUAGCUUAGGUGCAAUACCUCCCAAGAACAGGAGAAUGAAUUACAACGCGUUAAAGAGGCGUCGAAAGAUAGAAAACGAGAGGAAGAAGGAGGAGGAGGGUCACAAGUCUGGACUUACCAGUAGUUUGCUCAAACCUAAGGCCAAGAAGACGCGGAAGAAGGACAGCAGCAUUCUACGUGUUUACGGGAAGGUGCCGAAGGAUGUCUUGAAGAAGAAGAGCUGAAUUUAUCAGUAGGAAUAGUUUCCGAACCAUGAGACUCUGUUGUUGAAACUAAAAUGUCUUGUAAGGGCUGUUGAUUAAGAAUAAAAAUUGUAUAUUUGUAAAUAUUAA